AGACUCGCCCUUUCCAUCUCUGCUAAACCCCACGCCGCCCCGCUCCCUCCCUCACUUGUACCUCUCCCUCUCUCUCCCUUUAUCUACAACUGGUUCAUCUUUUCAUCUGUGCCAGUCACUGUCCAAGCCGCCUGAUUCAUAUCCACGAUGAGGUGCUACAGGCAAAUCGAAAUCGUCGAGCCAUCGCCGUCUCUCCUCCUCCGGGAGGCGAUCGGCUCCGUUUUUUCUCCCAAAACCGUGGCCCUAUCCCGCUGCCUUCCCUCGUUCGCAGUUGAAGAGGAUGAGCUCGACCUCACUCUCGAUCUUCUGAAUCCUGCACUUGCAGGGGCUGCUUUCGAUUUCCCUUCGCCAUUCUCUGACUUCGACGCCGUCACCGAUCUGAUUCAGAUCAAGAGAACUCCAUUCUACACCUCGACACGGACGGUUCAGCGCCGAGUCGACCGGUUCGCCGCCGAGUCGUCGUAUUUGCAGAGACUCUGUGACCGAGUCUCCGCUCUGGAGGUUAGCUUCGACCGGCUGGUCAGUGCUAAGGCUAUCGCCGGCGGAGAACGGAAGUACACGUGGACGGCGGAGAUCAAAGCCCCUGAGAAGCCCGGGAUUGAGAAGAAGUACAAGUGGACGGCGGAUAUCAAGGGCGGUAAGAGCAAGGAAAAGAACUACAAGUGGACGGCUGAGAUCAAGGACGAAAGGAAGGACCCUCCGGUUACCCGGACCUACACGUUCAAAGCGUCAACCGGCGCUGGAGGCGAAAGCAGUGAGUCGGAGAAGAAAGAGAAGAAGAAAGAUAAGAAUAAGAAGAAGAGCGACAAAGCAGAGCCGUCCACUCGUCUUGUCGAGAUUGAAGAGCCUUUCAAUCAUGGCGCUGUCGUCUUAAGGCAGGCUUUCUUGAGGACUGUGGAGAAGUCGAAGGGGAAGAGGAAGGAGUUGUCGCCACAGGACGCGGCGAUAAUGAUACAGAUGACCUUCAGAGCUUACCUGAUCAGGAGGUCACAGGCGCUUCGUGCUCUCAGAGAGCUGGCGGUUGCAAAGACCAAGCUGAAGGAGGUUAGGGCGCUAUUCAACAACUUCACCUACCGCCGUCGCGUGGCCCGUGACGCAGAGGAGAGGCAGAGGUUCUCUGAGAAGAUCAUUGUCCUGCUUCUCACUGUAGACGCCAUUGAGGGUGCUGAUCCUAUGGUUCGAGCUGCAAAAAGAUCUAUGGUUGAUGAGCUGGAAGCAAUGCUUGACGUCGUAGACCCCCAACCGGCAGGCAAAUCUUUUUCCAUGAGGAGGAGGACAUUUGACAUGCCUGAUGGCAUUAUUCAGGGGAAGAUCGCCGCAGGUGUUUCUGAGGUGGUUCAAAUGCUCGAACAAGAAAAUGGCACUUUCGAGGCAUGCUUGUAAGGUAAUGUGACAAAUCAACCUUGAGGUUCUGCUUGUACUUUCUUAUCUAGGAGUGGGAAGACGCACCAUUAGUUCAUCCACUAGGGCUUAAUUGUUGCUUUCUUCUCUUCUCUGAGGUAGAAUUUUGUAUUUGCAUGAAGUUAAACUGAACCAUUUGAACAAUGGUUUGUGGUACCUAGAUUGCCUGUAAGGUUAAAGCUUUUGAUAAUUAUGCCUAAUAACUAAUGGCCUUGGUUCA